AUGCCCAAAAAGUCCAACAACACCACCGCCAAGGGUGCUGGCAACGACACCGCUAAUCGGCCAAACGUUGCCGCGACCGUGCACACACCCGACCCCUCUCGCACCUCUGCGGCGGCCACGACGCCCGCUCCCGCUCAAUCUGCGAGAAAGAGGGCUUCCAGGGCCAGCAAAGGUCGUGCAUCGGCGGUACAGCAACCCAAUCGCUCACAGUCUCCUGACCACCGACCCGUCGCCGUCGUCAAACGUGGAGAUGAGCGCAGAUACGAUGGCUCAUCCCGUCUUGGCGGCGAUGGAAGCGGCGACGGCGACGACGACGACAACAUGAGCGCCUCUUCGGACGACCACGACGCCCGAAGACCCCGCAAGCGCAGCAGGGUGUCCACCCCGCGAGGCCGCUCCACCAGCCGCAAGAGGUCCGACAGCAGAGCCAGGAGCGCCAGCAGGUCCAGGAGCCGGCGCACGGACUGGGACCAGAUGAGCGUCGACUCCGAAGACUUGGGCUUUCGUGCGGACGACGCCCCCACCGUCGUCUCAAUCCAGGGUCCCUCGGGCAUCCGAUUCGAGCGUGUCUAUGACGACAACUUCCCCGAGAGCGUCGAGGAGCUCAAGACCAUCGCCAGGCGCAAAUUUCGUCUCCAUGAGGCCGAGCCUGUCGAGAUCUCUUACCGCAAUCCAUCUGGAGCUGAAUGCGGUCUUGACGACAACGACGACCUGAGGGCUUUCGGCGCAAAUGCUCAGCGCGCCAGCUACAUGCUGAUGACCGUCAAGGCUGCGGUGCCACACGCCUUUGCGUCGCCCGCUGCGGCUGAGCUCGCACCCCUACCAGCAGCCAACGGAUCGAUUGCCAGCGCAGUGCCCACCAACGCACCUGUAGCAACUUCGCGCGGCGCGACAUCGUCUUCAGCGACCCCGGCAACAGGCGACUUCCUCGCCACGCCGAUGCAGUCUGCGGCGUCCAAGAAAGGUGCGCCCGUUACGAUCUCCCAGACGCCGGCAUCUUCCGCCACACCGACGCAGCCCCAGUCUGCUCUGAAGAAGCGUAAAGCUCGUGCAUCCGCCAACCAGUCUGAACAAGAGGUUUCGGGCGAUGCUCAUAACGCGGCAUCGACCCUGGCCGCUCCGGCGGAUGCGGCGCCAGCAUCGAGCCAGCGCCCUGCUUCCAAGAAGCGCGCUGGUCGCGUUUCCGUCGCCGCACCGGAAGAUGCGACGGCGUCUUCGGCCGACAAGUCGGCGGAUGCUGCAAGCGCUACCAACGCUGCGAGCGCGGCCAACACCUUCGACCUCUUCGACUGGUCCAUGCUACCAUCCGUCCGCGAUGCGCUGAAGAAGCGUUCCGGUGCGUCGGCUUCGGCAGCGAACACCACGAGCGGUGCUGCGAAUUCGAGCCACGCUUCUGCUCCUGGAUCUUCUGCCAACGUUCCAGCCGUCCACUCGGCAUCGCAUCUGGCCAAUGGGACCGCGGGCAAUGCGCAGCGACACGGGAACAGUUCCGCGGAGUCUGCUCAGGCAACUGAAUCUAGUCAGCCAGCCGCUGAGGGCGAAAGGCCCAGCGACGAGAGUGCGGCGACUCAGACUUCGGGUGCGACUGCCGCUGCCGCCAAGGCUGCCGGCACGGCAGCAGGCCAGGACCAAGCGAAGGCGAGCGAACCUCCCAAGAAGCCAGGUCGCAAGCCGAAGGCGGCCAAGAAGCAGCCAGACUCUACCGCAACAGGCGCGGACACGACCGCGCCCGAGGUCGCCGAACCCAUCGCAGCCACGCCUCAAGGCGCGUCCGCUCAACCGGCGGAUCUCUCACCUGCUGCACCUGAGGCACCGACCGAAAGUAGCGGCCUCGACGGCGCAGUCGCCUCGGCUUCGAGCCCUUCAGAGUCCACUGAUGCGUCUGCCACCCAAGGCCCGGCGCCGAGCCAGUCUGGCUCUCAGCCGCCAAAGAAGGGUCGCAAGAAGAAGCAAGCAGCCGAGCCGGAUGCAGACCAAGCGGCUGCGCCUUCGCAAGGUCCCGGAGCCGAGCAGGCAGCAGGGGUUCUCAGCCAGAAGGCGGCAGCGCAGGCAAAGGGCGCUGCGAAAGCCAAGGCGGCUGCUAACUCCCAGGCUUCGGAGCCUACUGUUUACGUCGAGAUCCCGCCGCCGACUGCCACGGCGACGGCAGCCCCUCCCGCCACGCCAGCUCCAAAGAAGCGAGGCCGCCCGUCCAAGGCCGACUUGGCUGCCCGCGCCGCUGCUGCAGAGGCAGAGAGGCAGGCAAAGGAACAGGCCGGCGAGAAUGUGCCGGCCGUCGAAGCGACGUCAGUUCCGGAGCCGCAGACGGCAACCAAGCAGCAAAAGACCACCAAAUUGGCCGCCGAUUCGAUCGCGGAGGACGAAGAGACGCUCGCCGCCACCGCGGACCCCGCCGAGGCCCCGCCCGCCAAGAAAGCUCGGCGUACCACCAAGAAGCCAGCAUCGCAGAUGCCAGCAGAGUCCCAAGCGGCCGACGAGGCCAACAUCGAACCCGCUCUGCGUUCGUCGGCCGAGUCCUCCCCCAAUCCCGAAGGAGCGAACGCUGACGCCAGUGUGGGCUCAUCGUCGCAGCUGCCCGCCGCCACGAGCGAGGAUCGUGCUGCUGUUGCUGCGACGCCAAAGGUGGCCAAGACACCGAGGAAGGCUGCCAGCAAGGUCGUCGAGGAUCCCGAUGUCUGCGUCUACUGCGAACAGUCCCCGAACCACGACGAGGCGGACUGCGAGCUCUACCAGGAGGGUUCCAUCGACGCGCUGAGCGACCGCAUGAACGCGCUGCGCUACAAGGUCAAGAAGACGCCCAAGGAAAAGACGGCGGCGUCCAGGCUGGCAAGCCGGGUCGCAAGGCUCUUUACGCAGCGUCGUGAAAGCGGCGGCACUUCCGAUAUGCCUACGAGCGAUUCAGUCCGCGAUCUGAUGUCCUCCGUGGGCUCUACCAAGCCGACCGGCACGCAGGGCGACCAGGUUGCUGCUGCGAAGGGCAAGGGACAGACUAUCGAUUCCGCCUCGCUUCCGCCAACGUCCUCGCCCCGCACGCCGCCGCUCGGUGCUACGGGGCAUCCGAUCCAGAUCUCCUCUGACGCUUUUGCGCUCAAUGUCCCUGGAUCCGAUGACCAGGCCGUGACAGAGGAAGAGCGCUUUGCCGAAGAGGUGCAGAGGCACGCGGACGAGGAGGCCGAAGAGGCGCGAAAGCAAGAGGAGCAGCGACAGGCGGAUGAGCUCAAGGCGAAGCUGGUCAAGCAAAAGAAGGGGAAGAAGGCUAGCCUGAGCAAGGAGGAGCAGGAUAAGCAGGCGGCCGAACGCGCCGAAGCUGCCGCGGCCAAGGCGGAGCAGAGGAGGGCCGCUGCGGCUGCUGCGGCCGAAGCAAGGGCCGCCGCGGCCAAGGGCAAGGCGCCGGCCGAGUCGCAAAAGAGUGCCAAGUCGAACUCCGCUUCGGACACCACCAAGGGCAAGGACGCGCCGUCGGCCUCGACCCAGUCGAAGGGUGCCGGCCGAGCUCCCGCGCACGAUCACUCCGAUAUGCGUUCGACGUCGCCCUUGACCGAUCUGCCGACGUCGGAGAACGAGGACCAGCGGCCACCGACGAGCCAAGCCAUCGUGGCGGCGCAGCUGGGCGCGGACCUCCGCGCAGACUCGCCGUCUUCCGAGGCGGAGCUCGCCACCAGCCCGAUGUUGCAGGCCGCCUCGCGCGAGGAUCGUCCGUCGACCGCUCCGAGCCUACCUUCGACGCAGGACGUCGAAAUGCAGGACGCCCAAGAAGAACUCCCCCCGCCGAACCAGCAGCAUAGCUCCUCGCCCAGCCGGGCCGCGUCCAAGUCGCCACUCAAGACCCCUGCGGCCCGUCGUCGCUCGACGUCGGUGACUAGCUCCGACACCUCGGAGGAUUCGGAUAGCGAUGACGAUGACGACGAAGUGGACGACGAAGAAGAGGAGGAGGAGUCCGCAGACGAGCUAGAGCAGAGCAAGGACGACGACCCGAAGCGGGCCACGAGCUCGGCCGAGGCCACUUCAACCAUUUCGUCGACCGCCGACGGCAAGAGCGGCAGUGCCUCUCAACGCAAGGAGGGCGGCAACGCGGUCAAGGACUCUCAGCAGCAGCAGGCCAAGAAGAACGGCCGCAAGAGGUCUGACUCGAGCAGCUCCACCUCCUCGAUCGACUCGAGCUCCACCGACUCGGACUCGGAAUCCGUCAACAGCAGCAGCAGCUCUAGCUCCGAUUCGGAAUCGCUGCCGCCGACCCAGAUCGUGGGCAAGCCCGGACAGCGCAGCAAGGUGCCGUCCUCGACGCAGCCGGCCCCAUCGACAUCCGCAAACACCAAGGCCGCCGCUGCCGCCUCGACGCCCGUGCAGAAGCUGCGCAGCACCCUCUCGAGCCUCAACCCGUACCCUAGCAGCGCGACCAAGCCGCUCUCGGCCGCCCGGCCCACGCUCGCCAAGGCGCCCUUUGCGAGGCUGACGGACCUGCGCCCCGCCGACCUGCGCCGUUCGCUAUCGCAGCCCAACUCGCCCAUGGCCGGCCCCGGGGCCACGCAGGCCGGCGGCGCCAGCGGCCUCUUCCGCGGCCGCGUGCUGAGCAGCACGCCGGAUGCCGAGAGCAGCCACGGCAGCACGAAUGGCCGGGCGGCGUCCAAGCUGCCUGGCCGCAACGGCAACGGCGCCGGCGACUCGAGCGACGAGCUCGAGACGAGCAGCGAUGAUUCGUCGUCGUCCUCCGACGGCUCCAGCGACAGCGACAGCAGCGACGACGACGGCGGCGCCAACAAGAAGAAGAGCGGCGGCGCCUUUGUGCCCGCCAGCAAGAGGGCGGGCGCGGCCGUCAAGAAGCCAAAGAAGGACAAGAACGUCUUCACUUGCUUUACCAGGUAA